AUGAGCCGAAGAUCAACUACAAGCCCUCUUAAAAAAGCAAGUGCAAGGCGACGUGUAGCUUUGGACGAAGAACAGCUCUUAGAAAUAAAAGAAGCUUUUAACCUAUUUGACACAGAUCACCGAAAUCAACUAGACGCUAGAGAAUUAAAAGCGGCAAUGAGAGCACUCGGCUAUAACACUAAUAAAGCUGAAAUCAGGACCAUAAUGCAAGAACUAGAGCUUGAUAUUCAUGACAGAGUUGAUUAUAACCAAUUUCUUACCAUUAUGACUCCAAAAAUGCAAGAAAAAGACACCCGUGAAGAAAUUUUAAAUAUUUUUAGGCUUUUCGAUGAAGAUAAGACAGGGAAAAUUUCGUUUAGAAAUUUGAAAAGGGUUUCUAAUGAACUAGGUGAAACUUUAAGUGAUGAAGAGUUACAUGAAAUGAUAGAUUAGAUUAGAUUAGAUUAGAUUAGAUAUAUGUUAUAGCGGGUCUUAAGGGAUUAUUUCAGCCCCUCGCCGUCCCACGGAUAGCUUCGCAGCGACGCUAAGCGCUAUCCUCACACCACCUUUUUCCCUUUCUUACGUCACCAAAAAAAUGGUGACGUCGAAGGUCUUCGGGGAAGCCACCCCAUCCGGUCAGGGUCUCCGAAUCUCAGCAGAAAGCUCCUUCAACCUCUGACAGGGCUCAGAGUACAGAGGAUCCGCCUUCUGCCUUCUCCAUGACCUGUCAGAACCGUAUCACAGGUUCAAUAAUGCUCUCAUGGAGUGGUAUCGGGACCUUGCGCCAGUAGGGUUAGGAAAAAAAAGACAAGGGUCAACCCCAACCCAAAAAACCCACCCCGGAGAACUAUCGCCAUGUGGCUCGCCUUUCCUGGGCCUGGAUCAACUCACAGGUCACCAGGAGUCCACGUCAGAUCACGCCAUUUUAAUAAUUCUCGAAAUGAUAGAAGAAGCUGAUACGGAUGGAGAUGGGCUGAUUACAUUUGAUGACUUUUAUAGGAUAAUGAAAAAGAGAGGAAAUGAGCCGCUUGAUGAUAUUGAUAGUGAUGAAGAUUAA